GCAAAAAGCAAGCUCUGCGAGCGAUAAAGAAGCUGCCGAGCGUGCAGGACGCUAGAAACGGCGUAUAAUCUCUACGCAUCGGUAGAGGCGCGAGUGCUGCGUGAAAUUGCAGAAGACGCGAAGGCAGCAAGCUAAUUCAGCAGAGCAGCUGCAGCAAUGGCUUGCGCCACCGCCACCGCAAAGAUGAUGGGCGAGGAGCCGCGCUGCGCCAGCAAGAUCGCGGACAUCGAGUCCCUGCCCGGCGUGCCGGACCAGAUCGACUACAGCCACCAGCCCUUCGAGAUGGAGCGCGCCCUGCACUACGAGAACACGAGCGUGGACGACAUUUAUAAAAGGUGGGAGGCCAUCGUCGACGAAAAAGACCUGCCGGCCUUGGAGGCCAUGGCCCGCGCGCUGCUGGAGGCGGACCCGCGGUCCGACCGCGACCUCAAUAAAGCUUUAGCGCCACUACGAAAGAAGUACAAGAUGGGCCCGCGCAAGAGCCAGCUCUUGCAUGCCUACCGCGGUUUGGUGAAUCGAAACGAGGUGAAGCCUUCAAGAAGCCUCGAGGAAGCGCUCACGACGAAGGCCUCGAAGUCGCAGUCCGGCGUGCUGGUGGUCACGGUGCUGACGAGCCCCUACCCGUCCGUGGACGGCAAGGAGCCCCAGCCCUUCUCCUGCAAGUGGAACUGCUACUAUUGUCCGGACGAGCCCGGUCAACCUAGAAGUUACUUGCGAGACGAGCCUGCUGUACUAAGAGCGAACCAGAACAAGUUCGACGCGGUCAUGCAAUUUACCGAGAGAUGCGCCACGCUCGCGCAGAACGGCCACCCGGUAGACAAGGUUGAACUCCUAGUUCUAGGUGGGACGUGGGCGUCGUACCCUCUGGAUUAUCGGGAGGCGUUUUGUAGAGAUUUGUACUACGCGGCGAACACGUUCUGGGACCGGGUCAAACGGCCUCGAAAAAGUUUGUUAGCCGAACAGACGGAAAAUGAGACCGCAAAAUCCAAGAUUAUUGGUCUUACUUUAGAAACCAGACCUGAUACCAUCACGGUCGACGAGGUGCGACGGCUACGUUCAUAUGGUUGCACGCGCGUGCAGCUCGGCGUGCAGCACGUGGAUGAUCAAAUACUAAAGAAGGUCAAUAGAGGACACGGUCGGAAGGCCGUCGAGACUUCGUUAAGAUUAUUGAAGGACGCCUGCUACAAGGUAGACGUCCAUUUGAUGCCCAAUUUACCCGGUGCUACUAUAGAGAAAGACAUGGCCAUGUUCGAUAGCAUGUUGUACGACCCAUCCUUACAAGCGGACCAGUGGAAAAUUUAUCCCUGCGAGAUUACGCCCUGGACCAUUAUCAAGCAGUGGUACGACAAAGGUAAAUAUAUUCCUUAUCCGGAGCCGGAGUUGAAACAAUUGCUCAUUGAUGCCAAAGCCAAGGUCCACCCCUGGAUCCGGCUGAAUAGGGUCGUGCGAGAUAUCCCGUCGAACUAUAUCCUGGGCGGCGUCGACGCGCCGAACAUGCGGGAAGAAAUCUUGGCGGAGAUGCGUAGGCAAGGCAAGGUCUGUCGCUGCAUAAGAUGUAGGGAGGUCGGCGACAUCAGCGGUUUCCAGCAAAUCAAGAAUAACAAGGAGUUCAAGACGAAGUCGGAGCGCGGCUGGGACACGCGCAAAUGUCGAGAGGCUCGGAAGAAGGGCGGCGAGAAGGAGGCUCAAAAAUAUAAAGAAAGAUCUAGAGCAUCGCGCGACGGCGUCCUCGCGCGGCGCGCGUCGGAGAAGCUCGCCGAGAAGGCGGUUCUCAUAAGGAGGACCUACGCCGCUUCGAAUGGAGAGGAGCACUUUUUAAGUUUCGAGACGCCCGACGAGGCGACGAUCUUCGGGUUUGUUCGUUUAAGGCUCUCAGCGAACGCGGGCGCCGGCGCCUUUUCAUCCUUAGAAGGUUGUGCGUUGAUCCGCGAGCUCCACGUCUACGGCCAGCUGCGGCCCGCGCUCGAGGGGAAGAGCUUCGGCGGGGCCGCGGCGCAGCAGCACUCGGGGUUCGGACGACGCCUCAUGGCCGACGCCGAACGCAUCGCGGCGGACGCGGGCUUUAGAAAGGUCGCCGUGAUUUCGGGCAUCGGCACGCGGGACUACUACCGCAAGCUGGGCUACGUUUUGGUGGAGGAGGGCGGCUUCCUCGUCAAAAAUUUGGGAAGGCCCUCGUUCCUGUGGCGUCUACCUUUGCUCUACGCGUGCGUGCUGUUCAUCGCCGUCGAGUUUUUCGUGUGAUCUCGACGCGGCCCGCGGGGAUGCCGUCGUAUGCUAUGCGGGGCGAGCUAGCUUUUGUAACUGUCCUGUGAUAUGAGAUAGUACUGGGCAUGUACAACAAACAA